UUGCAUGGGUGAAAUUGUUUGUCCGACACACACUAAAGUUGUAACUGUACAGUGUUAUGUGAAAGAAAUUAUUUCCAGUGAGCCCAUCGGACAGUUAUUAAUUAAUGGACAGUGUGCUUCCAUUGAAAAUUUUGUACAUUUUUGUUUUAACAAUAACAUACGGGAAAUUGUGAUGCUGGAGGCAAAGUCAGAACCUCUCAUUUGUUCAGGUAAUUUUUUGUUAACAAAUCGUUCUGUCCUAAAAACACACUCCGUCUUCCAAAGUGUAGGGGGGGGGGGUCAGAUAAAAUCAUCCUUUCUAUCUAUCUUUUCUUUCUUUCUCUAAACAUCUAAGGGUACCGUCUCGUGGGAAAACUCCGCCUCCUGUCCGAUUACACACUUUCAGCCAAUCGCUACCUUGUAAAAUACUGCUGACUACAAAGGAAAGUGUGCGCGACUCGUGAUCUCAGAUUUCAUUUCGUAACGAUGCCCUGCGAGCUAGUGAACGGGAAUCCUAUCUGUACGCCAGGUACAUAUCAUAAUUGCAUAACUUACAUGUGUUCAAUACGAUGAUAUGAUUACGUUUUUAAUUGAAAUAAUUAUGAUUUCAGAAGUAACACCAUCACCCCAGAUGCCUGGGGAAACAGACGAAUAUUUUGAGAUAAGUGUCACCAGUCUAGUGUUGGCCCUCCUCCUCCUCCUUGGCUGGGUCAUCAAGACCCUCUUCCGGAGGUGGGCCCGGAUCAGGAGGAGGAGGAGAGGGGACACUGUCCCUAAAGAGACAGCUAUGGAAAUGGAGAGAAGAAGACAACCACCCCCACCACCCCAGUUGGGUCCCUUUCCACGCCAGGCAGUAAGUACAGUACCACAUCCCCGGGCGGGGGCCACACUACACCCACCCCGGGCGGCACCCUUCCCCGCUCCUCGAGUGGCCCCCACACCAGCCAGGGGUGGUGGGAGAUACCACCUCCGUCCUGCUAAGAGACCAAGAACUGAGUGAUUCAGAAGAUAGUGUAGUAGGAAUGGAAGUCCCCAUUGGCGCAAAUCUAGCCUUGACUCAUUUGUGAGACUGUAAAUUUGAUUUCAGAAGAUACUGAAAUCACAAAAUAUCCC